ACGAUUCGCCAACAGAUUAAUGGCUUUUAUGACUAUGGCAGAUGAAAAGGAUCCACAAAAUGAUGAGAAAAAACGUAAAAAGCGCAAAGGAUGUUGCUCUGUGUGCUGCACUAGUUGCUGCUUCUGUUGCAUUGAGUGUCUAAGUGGAUUCAUUUUGCUGUUGAUAGUAGCAGGCCUAGUCCUUUGUGCAAGGAUCUUUUUGGAGUUUCCUGUUAUCCUCAAUGGAUUUGGACGCACCUUUAAUUUCUCUUCCUAUGCAGUCAGUGCAAUAACUUCUGAAUCCUCCAGCACAUACUUACUGGGAUCAGCAUGUGGACUGUGUAUUGGGAAUACCGACCCUACACAUUGCAAUAACACAUACCAAGUGUAUAUGGGAUCCUUCAAACUUUUAAAUGAAUUGUAUCAAACCCAGUACAAUGACACAUCAACUACUGGUUUCCAAGUAGAAGCCAAACGGAUAGGGAAGAUGCUCAAGAGAAUAUUCAACAGUAGCCUGGUAAAACCAUAUAGCAAUGCUUCUACCUUUUUAAUAAGCCCAGACCCGCUUACUGCCCAUGUCCAGUUGCUAUUCUGCAAUGAUAGUGCAGCAGAUUAUGUAAUUAAUGGAGAUGCUGUGGCACAGGUUCUUAAAAGCUUCAAUGGAAGCCUGGGUGACAUGAAUAUAACCAUGGAUACUAACAGCGUGGUCGUGGGAGGUGAAGCACCAUGUCCAACGUCUCUGGGUCUUGGCCAAACCUGGCCCUGGCAGUCUGUCAUCCAGCAAGGCCAAACACCUAUAUGCAUCGGCAGUCUGUUAGCAGCAUUCUGGGUCCUUGUUCCUGCAAGCUGUGUUAGCAAGAGGGAUCUCUCCCUUCUAAGUGUGACCUUGGGUAGUAGCUAUUCAGCUAAUACAGUGUGGAAAGUAGCAAACAUUAUCCAGAAUCCCAACUACACAGCAUCACCUCUAACUAAUGACAUCGCUCUGGUUUUACUAUCAACUCCUGCUUUAUUCAGCUCCACCAUUAUGCCUAUCUGUCUUCCUCAAACAAUGGAGAACCCAGCUUUGGGGACACUCUGCAGUAUGAACAAUGGAAAUAUUUCAGAUGCUCUCUCUACAGCUGGGUUGGUGACCAUGGCUGGGACGGUGACUUCAGGAGUGACCUGCCUUACUACAUCCCAGAAUGGCAUUACAUACAUCAGUCCAACUUUUACAAUAGCUUCACUCAUCCAGGUGGAUGUUGGGAGCACUUUGGUCUGCAUGGGCACAAACAAAGCGGUUUAUCUUCAAGGGAUCACAUCUUCACAACAGAAAAGCACCAGUCUGAACAGCUCGUGUGUGAACUACAUUAACAUUGGUACUGCCAUAGAUUGGAUCAAAACUUACAUUAUAGAUUAAUUCAACGUGACUAUUGUUCAGCGAUUUCAUAUGUAUAUAAUUAAGCUUUUUGUGUGUAUUUAAUGGUCUGUUAUGCCAUCACUUACCGUUUAACCAUCCCUACGACUUUCUCAGGUCUUCCUCCAAAAUACUAGUUAUGUUGACUUUCUGAUGGCAUCCUGCUAGAUGAUGUUAUGAUCUGCAUGCCACAAGCUAUUUUCAACUUACAAUAUACUCUUUUCCAAAUGAGUUUCAGCUCUUAUAAUGCCUCUUACACGGGUGUACUUUUCAGCAUAUUAGGGUCCAGUGAAGCAUGUCUCCAUUAUCUCUUUUAUUAGAGAUGUAAUACAGACUUAACCCACAAGAUGUUGCCAAAGGAUUACUUUUCAAUUUUGUUACAUUUAUAAUUAGCUCUCGUCCACUCUGUGUUCCUGACAGAGCUUCAUCAGAGUCUGCAGCAUGGUGCCAAAGUGGAGAAAUGCCUGCCACCAAGGGUGGUCUCAAGGAAGUUGCAGGGCGGGGGGGGGGGGACAUCAUCU